AGCGCAUUUAUUCGCACUUGGCAGGCUAAUAAUAAAAAUGCGGCGCUUUAACGACGACCGCGUUAGUUUCAGUUCAAUUGGACGUGGGUAACGUUCGGUCUUUACCGCUCUAUCUCUGCGAAUUACAUCGUUUUCUAUUCGAAAUAUCAGUAAUGAUACGGGGAUUUCGCGAUUAAAAAGUGUCGAUGAGCAGUCGAAUUUUUGAGAAAUAUUCUCUUGCCUAGCGAAUCCUUGAAACCCUGAAAAAUGGCGAAAGAGGAUAAACGAAACAACCCUUUAACGUGUUGUCAACACAACGAUUCCCUUUCAUCAGUGACCAGCACCAACGAGGCCAAUAUGUCCGAUUUCGAGAACAUUAACAUGAAGCACUUCGAUAACAACAACACCAGAUUCGAAGCCAUUUUAGAGCACAAAUCUAACGUGUUUACCAAGAAACAAGCGGUGGACAUCUCCUUCGAGAACAUCUCCUUCUCGGCGUACUCUUGGAAAUUGUCCAAAUUCAAGAGAGAACAGAAAAAAAUUCUACACGAAGUAUCCGGAAAAUUCAAAUCCGGGGAGUUAUCUGUUAUAAUGGGCCCUUCCGGAGCUGGAAAGAGUACUUUGCUGAACAUCCUAGCAGGAUUUAUAACGCGGGGAAGCACCGGGACGGUGAAAUUGAACGACGUCGAGCGGGACCAGAACCCGCGAUUUAGAAAGCUCUCUGCUUAUAUACCUCAAGAUGAAGAACUGCGAAUGGCUUUGACUCCUAUGGAGGCCAUGACUUUUGCUGCUAACUUGAAACUGGGUUACAACGUUUCUAAUGAUUACAAGACGCAGCAGAUCACGGGAAUCCUGCAAAUGUUGGGUCUAGAUCGAUGCCAAUACACGUUGACAUCCCGUUUAUCCGGAGGUCAGCGGAAGAGAUUAGCUGUUGCACUGGAGUUACUAAGUAAUCCUCCAAUUCUAUUUCUCGACGAACCGACUACAGGGUUGGACAGUUUGUCGUGUUCACAAUGCGUGGCUUUAUUCAAGAAAUUAGCGCAAGAAGGGAGAACUGUAAUAGCGACAAUCCACCAACCAUCAGCCCUGUUAUUCGAUAUGUUCGAUAAUUUGUACGCCCUAUCCGAAGGGCGUUGUAUUUACGAUGGAAAAACCAGUGAUUUAGUUAGUUAUUUAGAAAAGCAGGACUUGAGAUGUCCAGCCUACCACAAUCCAGCCGAUUAUCUAAUCGAAGUCGCAAUUGGGGAACACGGGGCGGACAUUCGCGCUUUGGCAGAGGAGGCUUCCAAACGACAAGAAGCCAAUAGGACGUCUAGUGCUGAUUUUAUUAGUAAAAAAGGUGGAGACGAUUACUCGAGGGAGUUGUUCCCGAAGAAACGGGACCUGUCAGGCGACGAGUCGCGCGUCGGCCCGGCGGCGGUGAUAAUGCAAUUUUUGUUGCUCUACAAAAGGAACUUGUUGACCACCAAACGGUGUUACUGUAUUGCAUUAAACAGGAUUCUAGCGCAUAUUUUUAUUGGAUUUUUGUUCGGUUACUUGUACAGAGAUGUGGGAAAUGGGGCUAAUACCAUUUUAGCGAAUUACGUGUAUUUAUAUGGAACCCUUUUACUUACCGUUUACACUGGAGAAAUGCCAGUUACUUUAUCAUUUCCAUUGGAAAUGAGGAUAUUAUCUAGGGAACACUUUAAUCGAUGGUAUAAGCUCACGCCAUAUUUACUGUCUGUGAUAUUAGUCGAAAUACCUUUUCAGGUCAUUUGCAUAUGGCUGUACAUAGCGAUUUCUUACUGGUUUACCGAUCAACCCUUAGAUUUCCGGUUAGCUCUAUUCGUCAUAUUCGUAACAGCCUGCUCUCUAUGCGCCCAAUCCAUGGGAUACUUUAUAGGCGCAACUACUCCAAUUAAGGUUGCCGUGUUCACCGCGCCCGUGCUGGCCUGUUUCCUGUCGGUUUUCGGCUUCUGCAUCAGGAAGCUGGACACGCCGGUGAUAUUCAAGCCGAUAUUCUUCAUCAGCUACUUCAGGGCCGCCUUCCAGAGCGUCGUCUAUUCGAUCUACGGGCUGAACAGGGAGCAGCUGUACUGCUCCUUCGAAGAGGAUUAUUGCCACUACCAGGACCCGGAGAGCUUCCUCCGGGAAAUGGACAUCGUCGACAUCGAUUUGGUGUCGAAUUUCAUUUUGAUCGUGUGCAUCUUUUGCGUGAUGAACGCGGCAACGUAUCUGACGUUGUGGUUGAGGCUGAACAAGCGAUAG